AGGAGAAUCCGAAAAUAUGAUGAGAGUCCCUGACGACCUGGUGUAUCUCGUCUCUUCUUCUCGUCUGCGAAUACUUCAAAAGGAUUAAAUCAAAUCGGGAUCAGAUAGAUUUCCCUUAAACAUAGUAGUGAAACCCGGAGCAGAGAGAGUAGGAAAAAUAGGCUCCUGCGUCGCUAAACCCGGAGGUGCUUCGGCACGGGGAGCCCCAUCAUCGGCGUCGGCGGCGGAGGUGGCGGUGACCCAGCAGAGGUUAUCACCGCCAGUUGCGGCGGCGGCUGCUUCUUUAGGGCCAGCGCUUGCGCACUCGAAGUCGUCGGCAUCGAUGAGGGGGCUCUUCAAGUCCAAGCCGCGCACCCCCGCCGACAUUGUUCGGCAAACCCGCGAUCUUCUCGUCUAUGCCGACCUUAACACCCCUGAUACCCGGGAGACCAAGCGCGAGGAGAAGAUGGCAGAGCUAAGCAAAAAUAUCAGGGAGCUAAAGGUUAUUCUCUAUGGCAAUAGUGAAUCUGAGCCGGUUUCAGAAGCUUGUGCACAGUUGACUCAGGAAUUUUUCAAAGAGAACACGCUGCGACUUGUGAUUGUGUGCCUUCCAAAAUUGAACUUGGAGGCUCGUAAAGAUGCAACUCAAAUCGUUGCAAAUUUGCAAAGGCAACAAGUCCAGUCACGUUUGAUUGCGUCCGAUUACUUGGAAGCAAACAAAGAUCUUCUGGAUAUUUUGAUAGGAGGUUAUGAGAACACAGAGAUGGCUUUACAUUAUGGUGCAAUGCUGCGGGAGUGCAUACGUCAUCAAACUGUUGCAAGAUAUGUUUUGGAAUCAGAGCAUAUGAAGAAAUUUUUUGAUUAUAUACAACUUCCAAAUUUCGACAUUGCUGCAGACGCUGCUGCAACUUUUAAGGAACUCUUGACAAGGCACAAAUCCACAGUAGCUGAAUUUCUUUCUAAGAAUUAUGACUGGUUUUUUGCUGAGUAUAAUUCGAAGUUGUUGGAAUCUACCAAUUACAUUACCAGACGACAAGCUGUCAAGCUUUUGGGAGAUAUAUUACUAGAUCGCUCAAAUGCAACAAUAAUGACAAGAUAUGUGAGCUCUAGGGAUAACUUGAGGAUUCUUAUGAAUCUUCUCAGGGAAUCAAGCAAGAGCAUCCAGAUAGAAGCAUUUCAUGUAUUUAAGCUGUUUGCUGCUAAUCAAAAUAAACCUCUCGACAUCAUCAACAUACUGGUUGCAAAUAGAAGCAAGCUUCUUCGUCUCUUUGCUGAUUUCAAAACUGAUAAAGAGGAUGAACAGUUUGAGGCCGAUAAAGCUCAAGUUGUGAAAGAAAUUGCUGCUCUGGAACCUAGGGAUCGCCCAUGAAUGUUCUUGGUGAUGUUGCAUUCCUAGUCCUAGUUCAUAUAUCCUUCAUAAGUUAAUUGUGAAUCAUUAGUUCUCACCAGUCUUCUACAUGAUAUCGUUAUAUACAAUACAGUUGCUCUUGUAGAAUCUAGUGCUUUUAUGCACUCUUAGAUAUAUUAUCGUGUGGAGAAAAGGGCAAGAAUAAAAAUUUACAAAUGGAUCUAAUGAUAAUUCUUGAUUGAUUUA